AUGGCAUCACCAUCAUCUAGGUUAUUAAAAUUUAUUACAAAUGGAAGUAAAUUACAUUCAGCAAAAAAUAAUAAUAUGAUUAAAAAUAAGAAUAUAAUAUCACCAACAAUAACAAAAUUAUUUUCAACAUCAAAAAUUUCAAAUGAAAUUGGUAAUAUUAGAAAUUUUAAUAAUAAAAUAUCAACAAAUUUAAUCAAUUCAAAUAUAAAUACAAAACCAUUUUUUGAAAUACCAAAAUUAUUUGAAAAGAAAUAUUAUUCAUAUAUACCACCAACAUGGGAAGAAAAAGAUAAGGAAAAACAAUUCAAUUCCAUAACAUCCACUAGGGAAGAGGGAGGAGAUAACGAAGAAUCCAAUAGAAUGGGUAAUGGUAGUAUAAAGGAUGCAAUCGUUUGGGUCAACCAUUUAUAUCCAAUCAAAGUGAGUAGAUUAGAUUUCAGAUCAUUAUUCUUUCAUAUACCGAUUACAAAGAAAUUGAAUUCACUAUUUCCAAAUGAUGUAAAGAUAAUAUCAAUUGAAAAGCGUAUUAAAGAGGGUGGUGCUUAUAUACAUUUUCAAUAUGAUUCAUCGAAUCCAGAAUAUAAAUCAAUCGAAAUGGUAAUGUCAAAACUUAAAUCAAUAUUUGCUCAAGAGAAAAAACAUUUUCAUUUCGCUUCAAGACCAGCAAAAUGUAAAUUGGUAUAUGGUAGACCUUUUGUCGAGGAUAUAGAUUAUCGAUUCCCUUCAACAACUUUGAAAAUCACUUUCAAAGGUUCAGAAAUGUCUCCAGAUGAUUUAUUUCGUUUAAUGAGACCCUAUGGUCAUAUCAAAGAUAUUCAUUACUCUUCACCAAUACCUUCAAAAGAUGGUCCAAGACAAGCUACAAUAACUUUUAAACGUAUGGAAGGUGCAAUUGCAACUAGAAAUUGUUUACAUAAUAAAUAUUUCCCUGAAUUUAAUACAUCAUUAUAUAUGGAUUAUGAACAAUUAAUGCGUAUUAAUAAAUUAAAAGAACAAUUUUCAAAACAUCCAAAAAUUAUGAUACCACUAUUAGGUAUUUUAGCAACAUUAUUAACAUUAUUAUUAUUUAAUCCAUUAAGAGAAUAUUUUAUAAAUAAGAAAUUAUCAUCACCAUGUUAUUUUGGUGAACAAGAGGAAGAUGAUUGGCAAGAAAGAUCAGAACAAAAGGUAUUACAAACUCAUUUUAAUUUUCCACCAAAUUCAAUCGUGAUGAUAUCAGCACCUAAAGGAUCUGGUAAAUCUUCAUUGAUCGAUAAAGUUCUAGAGAAUAGAAUCAAUACAUUAUUGAUCGAUUGUAAUCAAGAGGUUAAUAACAACGAUGAAGAGUUUAUUGAAUCAUUUAGUAAAGAUAUUGGAUUUUCACCAUCCUAUAGUUUAUAUUCAUCAUUUGGUAGUGUUAUCGAUGCAAUUAUACCAACUGGUAAAGGUGCAUUUCAUUCCACAACAAACUAUCAAAUGCAAACCAUUUUAAAACUAUUGGAUGAAGUGUUGGCAAAGAAAGCAAAACAAUUCCCAGUGGACCCUCAUCAACCUUAUGAAUAUCCAUUGAUUGUAAUAGAUGGUUUCUUUGGUAUGAUUCAAGCUAUGGAAUCAAAGGAAAAAGCAAAUAUCAUCAUGGAUUCAGUCAUUCAAUGGGCCAUCACUAGCACUCAAAGGGGUCAUGCUCAUGUGGUAUUCUUAUCUUCAGAUUCAUUCGCUGGUGAUAUCAUAAAGAAAUAUUUGGAUAAUAGAGGUGGUGGUCAAAUUUCAACCAUUCAAUUGGGUGAUGUUCAACCAUCAAUGGCAAUCAAUUACAUAAAGAAAAGAAUUGGACCAAAUACACCAAUCACUCAACACGAUAUGGAAUUGGUAGUCGAUAAUUUAGGUGGCCGUUAUUAUGAUCUAAAUGUAUUGUCUCAACGUAUGAUUGCCGGUGAUAGUGUUGAACGUGCCCUCUCCAAUAUGAUCUCAAAGGCAGUCAGUGAAAUUCGUGCCGAAGGUUUUGGUUUAUCAAAACGUAAUGAUGAUUCAAAAAUAGGUGGUACUAAAUUAAAAUGGAGUCGUCCACAACUUUGGGAAACUAUUAAAAAAAUAGCUGAAAAUGAUUUCGUUAGUUAUGAUGAUCUUUUAUUCAACGUUUUCUUGGGUGAUGAAUCCUCUUUAAAUAAUUUAAUCAGUAGUAAUCUAUUACGUUUUCAAAAUGUUGAUAAUGAAAGAAAAGUAACCGCUUAUUCUCCCCUAUAUUGUUCAGCUUUCAAACAAAUGGUAAACGAUUUGGAAUUCAAUGUUGGUAUGGAUGUUUUAGUACAAAAAGCAAGAAUCGAAGAAGAGUUAUCAAAAUUAUCAAAAGUUGAAGAUGAAUUAUUAAAAAUUAAAAAUUUAACUUCAAAAAGUUGGUUCGAACCUUUAUCAAUUAAAAAACGUCGUAUCCUCUUGGAAGAUAAAUUAAAAGAUCAUGUAGCUAAAAUUGAACAUCGUGAAAAUAUCCUAAAAAAACAUUCAUUAUUUCAAAAAUUCUUACGUGAAGAACAAAUGAUUCAAAUGGAAUUAAUUAAAAAACAAAGGGAACAAUCAAAAUUUGAAAGACAACAACAACAAUUAUUACAACAACAACAAUUACAACAACAACAACAACAACAACAACAAGGGUCAAUUUAA